AUGGCUGUGUCGGAUGCUCACGCCAUCCUGCUGGCCACUCACCUGUGUGCCAGCGGCGAUGUGGCCGACUUGCCCGUGCUGCAGGCCCAGUUCCCCCAAUGUUUCCCGCUCGAGCGUCUACUGCGCAUCAUCUUGACCUUUCUGCCCGAGAGUACCGAGCCCUCGCGCUAUACCUCGGUGCUGCAGGAGCUGGCCGACGAAUCCUAUGUUGUGGCCCCCGACCGAGUACCCGACACCACCGCCGUCAAAGACCUGACCGAAGCGGGCGCGAGGAAGCGCGUGCGGAAGCUUCGAUUGCGGCCACUGCAGCGGCCCGGUGAAGAUGAGGACGUGACAUCCGCAGACCUGUUGACGCAGUUUCUUAUUUAUCGCGCGCAUCUGAUUGAUGCCGAAACUUCCCUCCAGCCGCUCAUCCUCGAUCUCCUCCAACCCUUCUACGAGCACCGGCCGGUGCUACGCACAUGGCUGGUCUCAAGCCUAUUGCCAUUGCUCCGGUUCAAUUACGAGUAUCAUGCCGACCAGGAGGAGACGUUAUCAUUGGAGGUUUUGGAGUCGAUGGAUGAUCAGACGGCCGUCAAUGUUCUGCUGUCUUCGAUUGGUACCGAGAGAAGCAAUCUGGAUCUGGUCAGCAAUCUUCGGGGCCUGCUUGGUCCCUGGCUGUAUGGAAGCAAACGAUCUAAACGGCGGAGAUUGAACGAGCAGUCUUCAGUCCCUCUGAUCCAGGGGACAACAAACACCGAGGUCAUUGAACUGGCCGGGUGGGAGUUCGUGAAUGACUGGCUUCUGUCACGGAGUCUUGUGGACCACGAGAGCGUUGUGAAUGCUUUUAAUCACUGGAAUGGACCGGAAGACGUGGAUCUGGGAGGGUACGGAGCGGACGAUGCACAACUGCCAAUCGAUAAAGCAAAGGAUUUGCGACAUCGUUACGGUCAAACCGGACUUGCGGUGGUCUAUGCCUAUGCGGACUCAUCGAAAGCGGCACUGAAGGGCUCGUCUCAGAUAUUGACACGGGUAGCCAAGCUGCUUGAUCUCGAGGCCAGCUCCUAUCUCGUCACCACUAACACGACCUUCCCAUUCGUGCAAUACGAUACCGAGUCUAUUUCCUCCACAUCCCGCGCGUCAUUGCUACAAAACUCUCUCCUGACACCUUCAAAUCCUUUGACGCAACCAUCACCGUCUUCAGUCUCUUUUCUCAGUGCCCUGCUUCUUUCUCUUCACGCUUUGACUGACCUUGGGCAUCAAGUCCCAUGCAAGGCUGCUGCGAAUAUGUGCCUUCACAGCAGCGAGGACAUGCAAUUGGCAGAACUGAGAAGUGUGAUGGCGUCCAUUGUAAAACAAUCGAGCCAGGACUGGCACUCGGUCCGGCAGCAAUUACUCUGGCUUCGAGACUGGCAGGACGAUCAGUCAGACAGCGACUGGACGGAACAUUCCACAUACCAUGGCCUUUUCUGGAGGGUAUCGCGCGACACGGUCGAAACAGAGAUCUUGAAGGCGCUACUAGGGACCAGAGAAUAUCAAAUGGCCGUGGACCUAUAUACCACUCCCGGUACCACGCCUCUGAAUGCUGUUCAAGUGGAGCAGGCGGUACAAGAGGCCAUUUUCACUGCAUAUGAUAAUGCUAGCAACGGCAACCGGACGCGUGGUGGGAUGAAGAGAGCCUACGACAUUCUCCAAGCCUUCCUACCACACUUCCCGGAGUCUGCGGCGUUCAAACAGAUUCGUGCCCUCAUCGCUGCAACGCAUUCGCUCUCGUUCUACUCGUUGACCCUGCAGCACGGAGUUCCCUUCCAACCGGUCAGCAUCCGCGUUCACCACGACCCCCUCUCGUUGAUCGAGACGGUACUUGAGCAGAACGCCAAGAGCUACACCAAACUGGACGACCUGCUCUCCAUUGGACGAAACUUGGUCGCCAGCGGCGUACCCUCCAGCACGAACUUACACAAUGCCGAAGAUGCGCAACAGCAACCACCCACCUCAGAGGAACAUGCCCUCAUCACCGCUGAACGCCGUAUCACCUCCCUCGCCAUUUCGUCCGCCCUUACCUCCAACGACUUCGGCACCGCCUACUCCUACAUCCUCACGCGGCUAACACCGCCCUCCCACCUCUCAACCUCCUCACCGUUACUCACGCCCUCCACCGUCAUCCAAGACGACAUCUCCUGGCGCGCCGUUUACAACGCAGGCCGCUACCGCUCAACAACACCCAUCUCUCCCACACCCACCCUCCAAUCCCAAAUCAACCACCUCUCCCAGCGCAGUGAACUCCUUUCUUUAGCACUCGCCCUCGUCCCAUCCCCAGACCCCCUCCCUGAGAUCCUCGGCGCCUGGCGCCGCUGCGACGAAGAGCUCUCCUCGCUCCGCGCACAGGAGCAGCAGGAAGAAGACCUCUGGGAUACACUGGGCGACAACAAGGCCACCAUCUCCUCUGUCCCCGGCGGCUUCGGACCCUCGGACUCAGAGCGCGACGCCUUCGACACCGAGCAACAGCGCACUGCGAGACGGGCCCGUGCCCGCGCCGCUAUGCCGCACUCGCACCCGCACGAGGCGCCAAUGGGUCUCUUCGAGGUUGCGCGUGGUGCCGCGCUCGCGCUGCAUAAGAAUGCAUCUUCGCUGCGUGCCGCCUCCGCCGCUGCACCAGCUGCUGCUCCUGCUGGCGAUGGCGAUAGCCAUGACCGGCCCCUGUCCCCGGAUGAAGGCGGGGACGGCCGCGUUCGCAAGCGUGAUGUGGUUAGCAACAUGGUUACAGGAGGACUGGUUAGCGGACUCGGUUGGGUUCUAGGGGCCGAUCCUGUGAAUCGGUAG